AUGUGUGCAGUCUGUUCAUAUCUAUCUAUCUAUCUAUCUAUCUAUCUAUCUAUCUAUCUAUCUAUCUAUCUAUCUAAGCCUGUUCUUAUCUAUCUAAGUCUUGUGUUCUAUCUAUCUAUCUAUCUAACUAAAGCCUGUUCUUAUCUAUCUAAGUCUGCCUUAUCUAAGUGUAUCUAUCUAUCUAAGUGUUCUAUCUAUCUAUCUUAUCUAAGUGUUCUUAUCUAUCUAUCUAUCUAUCUAUCUAUAAGCCUGUUCUUAUCUAAUCUAUCUAUCUAUCUAUCUAAGCCUGUUCUUAUCUAUCUAAGUCUGCCUUAUCUAAGUGUGUUCUAUCUAUCUAUCUAUCUAUCUAAGCCUCUAUCUAAGUCUGCCUUAUCUAUCUAUCUAUCUUCUAUAUCUAAGUCUGCCUAUCUAAUGUGUUCUAUCUAUCUAUCUAUCUAUCUAAGCCUGUUCUUAUCUAAGUCUGCCUUAUCUAAGUGUGUUCUAUCUAUCUAUCUAUCUAAGCCUUCUUUCUAUCUAUCUAUCUAUCUAUCUAAGCCUGUUCUUAUCUAUCUAAGUCUGCCUUAUCUAAGUGUGUUUAACUAUCUAUCUAAGCCUGUUCUUAUCUAUCUAAGUCUGCCUUUCUUUUUAUCUAAGUCUGCCUUAUCUAUCUAUCUAUCUAUCUAUCUAAGCCUGUUCUUAUCUAAGUCUGCCUUAUCUAAGUUCUGCCUUAUCUAUCUAUCUAUCUAUCUAUCCUAUCUAAUGUGUUCUAUCUAUCUAUCUAUCUAUCUAAGUCUGUUCUUAUCUAAGUGUGUUCUAUCUAUCUAUCUGCCUUAUCUAUCUAGUGUGUUCUAUCUAUCUAUCUAUCUAUCUAAGCCUUCUAUCUAUCUAUCUAUCUAUCUAUCUAAGCCUGUUCUUAUCUAUCUAAGUCUGCCUUAUCUAAGUGUGUUCUAUCUAUCUAUCUAUCUAAGCCUUUCUUAUCUAUCUAAGUCUGCCUUAUCUAAGUAUGUUCUAUCUAUCUAUCUAUCUAAGUCUGCUAAGUCUUAUCUAAUGUGUUCUAUCUAUCUAUCUAUCUAUCUAAGCCUGUUCUUAUCUAUCUAUCUAAUGUGUUCUGCUAUCUAUCUAUCUAAUCUAUCUAUCUAUCUAAGCCUGUUCUUUAUCUAUCUAAGUCUGCCUUAUCUAAGUCUAUCUAUCUAUCUAUCUAAGCCUGUUCUUAUCUAUCUAAGUCUGCCUUAUCUAAGUGUGUUCUAUCUAUCUAUCUAUCUAUCUAAGCCUGUUCUUAGCCUUCUGUUUCUAUCUAUCUAUCUAUCUAAAGCCUGUUCUUAUCUAUCUAAGUCUUCCUUAUCUAAAGCCUGUUCUUCUAUCUUGUUCUAUCUCUAUCUAUCUAUCUAUCUAAGCCUGUUCUUAUCUAUCUAUCUAGUCUGUUCUUAUCUAUCUAAGUCUGUUCUAAGUGUUCUCUAUCUAUCUAUCUAUCUAAGCCUGUUCUUAUCUAAGUCUGCCUUAUCUAAGUGUGUUCUAUCUAUCUAUCUAUCUAAGUCUGCCUUAAAGCCUGUUUCUAUCUAUCUAUCUAAGCCUGUUCUUAUGUUCUAUCUAUCUAUCUAUCUAUCUAAAGCCUGUUCUUAUCUAACCUGUUCUAUCUAUCUAACUGUGUUCUAUCUAUCUAUCUAUCUAAGCCUCUAUCUAUCUAAAGCCUAUCUAUCUAAGUCUGCCUUAUCUAAGUUUCUAUCUAUCUAUCUAUCUAUCUAUCUAAGUUAUUCUAUUAUCUAUCUAUCUAAGUGUGUUCUAUCUAAGUCUGCCUUAUCUAAGCCUGUUUAUCUAAUCUGCCCCUUAUCCUGUUCUUAUCUAUCUAUCUAUCUAAGUCUGCCUUAUCUAAGUCUGCCCUUAUCUAAGUCUAUCUAUCUAUCUAUGUUCUUAUCUAUCUAUCUAAGUCUAUCUAUCUAUCUAUCUAACCCUGUUCUUAUCUAUCUAACCUGUUCUUAUCUAUCUAAGUCUCCUUAUCUAAGUCUAAAUCUAUCUAUCUAUCUAAGCCUGUUCUUAUCUAAGUCUGCCUAUCUAUCUAUCUAUCUAUCUAUCUAUCUAUCUAAUCUAAUCUAUCUAUCUAUCUAUCUAACUAAGCCUGUUCUUAUCUAUCUAAGUCUGCCUUAUCUAAGUGUGUUCUAUCUAUCUUAUCUAUCUAAGCCUAUUCUUAUCUAUCUAAAUCUGCCUUAUCUAAGUGUGUUCUAUCUAUUAUCUAUCUAUCUGUUCUUAUCUAUCUAUCUAUCUAUCUAUCUAUCUAAUCUAAGCCUGUUCUUAUCUAAAUGUGUUCUAUCUAUCUAUCUAUCUAAGCCUGUUCUUAUCUAUCUCUGCCUUAUCUAUCUUUCUAUCUAUCUAUCUAUCUAUCUAAAUCUAUUCUUAUCUAAGUCUGCCUUAUCUAAGUGUGUUCUAUCUAUCUAUCUAUCUAAGCCUGUUCUUAUCUAUCUAAAUCUGCCUUAUCUAAGUGUGUUAUCUAUCUAUCUAUCUAUCUAUCUAAGCCUUCUGCCUUAUCUGUGUUCUAUCUAUCUUCUAUCUAAGUCUGUUCUAUCUAAGUCUGCCUUUCUUAUCUAUCUAUCUAUCUAUCUAAGCCUGUUCUUAUCUAAUGUGUUCUAUCUAUCUAUCUAUCUAACUAAGCCUGUUCUUAUCUAUCUAAAUCUGCCUUAUCUAAGUGUGUUCUAUCUAUCUAUCUAUCUAUCUAAGCCUGUUCUUAUCUAUCUAACCUGUUCUUAUCUAAGUCUGCCUUAUCUAACUGUGUUCUAUCUAUCUAUCUAUCUAUCUAAGCCUGUUCUUAUCUAUCUAAGUCUGCCUUAUCUAAGUGUGUUCUAUCUAUCUAUCUAUCUAUCUAAGCCUUCUGCCUUAUCUAAGUGUGUUCUAUCUAUCUAUCUAUCUAAGCCUGUUCUUAUCUAUCUAAUGUGUUCUAUCUAUCUAUCUAUCUAUCUAUUUAAGCCUGUUCUUAUCUAUCUAAGUCUGCCUUAUCUAAGUGUGUUCUAUCUAUCUAUCUAUCUAAGCCUUGUGUUCUAUCUAUCUAUCUAUCUAACUAAGCCUGUUCUUAUCUAUCUAAGUCUGCCUUAUCUAAGUGUGUUCUAUCUAUCUAUCUAUCUAAGCCUUCUGCCUUAUCUAAAAUUCUAUCUAUCUAUCUAUCUAACUAAGCCUGUUCUUAUCUAUCUAAGUCUGCCUUAUCUAAGUGUGUUCUAUCUAUCUAUCUAUCUAUCUAAGCCUUCUGCCUUAUCUAAGUGUGUUCUAUCUAUCUAUCUAUCUAAGCCUGUUCUUAUCUAUCUAAUGUGUUCUAUCUAUCUAUCUAUCUAUCUAUCUAUCUAUCUAUCUAUCUAUCUAUCUAAGCCUGUUCUUAUCUAUCUAACCUGUUCUUAUCUAUCUAAAUCUGCCUUAUCUAAGUGUGUUCUAUCUAUCUAUCUAUCUAUCUAUCUAUCUAUCUAUCUAUCUAAGCCUGUUCUUAUCUAUCUAACCUGUUCUUAUCUAUCUAAGUCUGCCUUAUCUAAGUGUGUUCUAUCUAUCUAUCUAUCUAUCUAUCUAAGCCUGUUCUUAUCUAAGUCUGCCUUAUCUAAGUGCGUUCUAUCUAUCUAUCUAAGCCUGUUCUUAUCUAAGUCUGCCUUAUCUAAGUGUGUUCUAUCUAUCUAUCUAUCUAUCUAUCUAAGCCUUCUGUUCUUAUCUAUCUAUCUAUCUAAGUCUGUUCUUAUCUAUCUAUCUAUCUAUCUCUGUUCUUAUCUAUCUCUCAUAUUGAAAUUUAUUAAUUUAAUUUUUUAUACUAAUGCAUUAAUACAUUUUAAAUCACCCUAUCUAUCUAUCUAUCUAUCUAUCUAUCUAUCUAUCUAUCUAUCUAUCUAUCUAUCUAUCUAG